AAAGAAGGGGAAGGGAGAAAGGAGGUGCAGUGAAGGGGAUACACAAUAGAAAAACUCGGUGCUGAAAGCGUUGAUGAGUCACUACGGAAGGAAGAACUCCAGAGAACCCGAGUGAGCACGGCAGUUUCUCAGAUUCCAGUGACAGCCAUCCCUUGCCAUAAUUUUUUACCUAUAUUUGGAAAAAUACUGGCCAGCGGAAAAAUGAUAAAGUUUUUCCUCAUGGUGAAUAAGCAAGGGCAGACUCGACUUUCUAAGUACUAUGAACAUGUGGAUAUUAGUAAGCGUACACUUCUGGAAACAGAAGUCAUAAAGAGCUGCCUCUCUCGAUCCAGUGAACAGUGCUCUUUCAUUGAAUAUAAGGAUUUUAAGCUGAUAUAUCGGCAGUAUGCAGCACUCUUCAUUGUGGUUGGAGUUGAUGACACUGAGAAUGAGAUGGCUAUUUAUGAAUUCAUCCAUAACUUUGUGGAAGUUUUAGAUGAGUACUUCAGCCGAGUGAGUGAAUUAGAUAUCAUGUUUAAUUUGGAUAAAGUACACAUCAUUUUGGAUGAGAUGGUGUUAAAUGGCUGCAUUGUGGAAACGAACCGGGCAAGAAUUCUUGCCCCUCUCCUAAUUCUUGAUAAGAUGUCAGAAAGCUGACAGGAAGCCUCUGCAAGAUAACAGUGAUUUACAGGAAGUGAGAACACAGAAGAAUUUGGACGAUCACAAUUACAAAAUGUGGUAUCCUUCCAAAGACAUUACAAACAGAUGUUUU